AUGUCGCCACUGGAGAUGGUAGACACAGAAGAAAGUGGCCUGGCCAUGCUGCAUGGGGAGGCCGAAGAUGAAUCAGGUGAGCAAUGUCUGUCCUUGGCCUUCAUGUCCCACCAGUGCCCGACCAGAUGUGCCUCCGGAAAGCCUGGGGACCCGACCCCCACAGACUGCUCUGGACACUUGCUGGCCUUCUUUCCAGGGGUCUAUGUUCCUGUCGGGCACAAUGUCGAGAAGCUGGAGAAUCUGGGCAUCGCCCUAGAGAUCGAUGGGCUGGAGAAGAAGCUGUCACGUCGGAGGGACCUGGAGGCUGUGAACUCCAGGCUCUACGGGGCGGAGCUGGGCUCAGAGGCCAGGAGGUUUCUGGAGAAGGAGAAAAGCAGCCCAAUGAACAAAGCCUCCGACUAUGAGAAGGAGCUGCAGCUGCUUCGGCAGGAGAACCAAAACAUGCUGCUGUCGGUGGCCAUCUUCCUCCUUCGGACCCUCAUCGACGCCUACUGGACCCUGUGAGCCUGAGAUUUCUCCAGUCAGCACAGGCUUCCCCUCAGCACCGUGGUCACGGCCAAGCAGGCCCGUCAAGCCUCAAGAGGGCCAAGGUACAAGGGCCAUUUCUGCCUGACCCAGACAUCGCAGCAGGGCUUCCUGUCAGCCCAGCCCCUCUCGCCUCCCAUUCCUGCUGUGGGGCUUGAGUCUCCAGAAGGACUUUGUGCUGGCUUAGCCCAAGGGAAAGGCAGUAAAGACCACCCUGGCUGCAAG